AUGUCUUGGGCAGGAUUCAAGAAAAAUGUCAACCGCGCUACCACGCAGGUGAUGAUGAAGACGGGACAUGUGGAGCGCACAAGUGAUCGCGAUUAUGAGAUUGAAGAGCGUCGGUACCGGACGAUGGAAGCCGCCGCAAACCGGUUACAGAAAGAGGCAAAGGGAUACUUGGAUUCGCUACGAGCUAUGACUGCCUCGCAGAUGCGGAUUGCUGAGACUAUUGAUGCCUUCUAUGGCGAUGCCGGAACAAAUGAUGGCGUGAGUCGGAGUUAUAAGCAGGCUGUGGAGGAUCUGGAUGCGGAAACGAUCAAGGCGCUGGACGGCCCGUACCGCUCGACUGUGUUGGAGCCCAUCUCUCGGUUCUGUGCCUACUUCCCGGAUAUCAACGAGUGCAUUAAGAAGCGCAACCACAAGUUACUCGAUUACGAUUCGAUGCGCGCCAAGGUCAAGAAGCUGGUUGAGAAGCCCGAUAAGGAUGCGACGAAACUGCCUCGGAUGGAGCGCGAGACGGAAAUUGCCAAGCAAGCGUAUGAGCAGUUGAACGAACAGCUCUUCACCGAACUUCCUCAGCUCAUUGACCUGCGGGUACCCUACCUGGAUCCUAGCUUCGAGGCUCUGGUGAAGAUUCAAUUGCGGUUCUGCGCGGAGGCAUAUUCGCGCAUGGCGCAGGUGCAACAGUACUUGGAUGCGGAGACGAGGGAUCAGUAUGCCCGGGGAGACCUGGACAACCGGGUGGAAGAAGUGUUGCAGGAGAUUCGGGAUCUGAGCAUAGCAGGCACGGUCUGA